AUGGGGGAGACACAGUCGUUUUGUUUCAGGAGAAAGCGCGAGUCUCCGGUCGAUGUGCUAGACUGGGUGAGAGAUGCGGCUAAGAGACCUUGUAGUCUCUCCACUGUAACCAUGCGGCCGGAUCAAACGAAGAGCAAUUGUCAUGUAGUCGAAGAGCCGCCGUUUUCUCUCGCGCUUCAGUUUCGGGAGGCGAUGUAUGCUAAGUUGUUUUAUCCUUCGAGAAUCGAUGACACUGUUUCUCAGGUAUUAAUUGCCUACUUCAGUUUCUCUUUUGAUUUUCCCCAGCCUUUAUUUAUCCUCGCGGGGUAUCUUCUGUGGGUCAUACUCAGGUAUUGUCGAUUAUUGUAUUUGGUGAAGUUGUACUGCGGUCACUUCAUUCAGUUGCUCUCUCUGAGUGCAGAGCAUUAGAAUCCGGUGGGGGCAUGGGACAAGAAGGAAAAAAGAUCGUGGAUAAAGUAUUUAUAUUCAGCCUAGUAUGGUAUUGGUGACGAGGAAGAGGAUUUCGUGUUUUUGAUUAGUCUCAGUUUUCAAUUCUUUCUCGGCUAAAUGUAGAAGCGCUUGUGGUACCUUUGAUCACUUGGGCUUUGCAUGAGUGUCACUUUCUUUUCUUUUUUUUUUUGGGGGGGGGGGGGAUGUUUCUUUGGAUUCUUGCUGAUGAGCCCAUAAAAACAAAAGUUUUGGUCAAUUUAGAGCUUGAUGUGGGUUUCAUUUUCUGACAUCAUUCACUCUUUUGCACUCAGUUAAGGCAUUGUAAUAACUGUUUAGUUUGAUUCUAAAAGAUGAGUUUUUGGUGCACCAUGGGUUUUUUCAAGGGUACCAAAGGCGAUUGAUACCUAAAUCCAAGCAUUUAUGUAUCAUCAUUGUUAAUUAUGGGCAUCAUGGAUGAGAUGGAAAGAAUUAUCAAAGGCCUUGAUUAGUCCACAACCUUGUUGGUUUUCAUCAGGUUGUGCUUAAGCUUCCAGAUUUGAGAGGUCGUGCACUCAAAUUCAUGUUUGUGGUUGAAUAAGUGAAGCAAAGCUGGUUGUACUCGAGUCCAACUUUGGUUUUCUUCGUGGGUUAUAAGGAAUUUUUUUUUUUAAUAACUCGAUAUUACUCAGUCAAUUAUAUGUUGGACCUCCACAGAAACAUUCAGCCAUUAAUUUUCCUGUGCAUUAUUUGGUUUUUGGUUUGCUAUUCUUUUCUCUUCUACUCCAUGAAAAAUUACCAUUGCUUUGAAUCUUGAAAUCCUAUUUCGGAAUAUAUUUAUAUUUAAAUGUAUUUUUCUCUGGAUUACUCCGUCUUCCGAUUCUCCCUUGGUUUCUCCACACUCAUGAUGCUCGCUGACCGACCCUUGACUAUUCCAUCCUAAAGUUGGAAUAAACCUUAAUUCAGUCUACUAUUCAAUAUUAUCUUUUAUUUCUGAGAUUUCUUUGCUUCGUGUUGUGCGUCUGCAAAUUAAAAAAACGGAUUCUAUCGAAAUUGUUCUUAGCCAAUAUGAUUCAUUGUCAGCAUUGCCGUAAAGACUCUGAUCUGAUGGCCAAGUCUCAGUGAGCAUUAUUUGUGAUUUUAAAACCUUGAAAUGCAUGAAACACGAUAAGAUGAAUUGAAGUUUAUUUUUGCUGACCCUUUUCCAGUUCUGAAGAGAUGUCAUGCCGUUGCUUCUGAACCAUUGACCUUGUAUAAUUUUUUAUGUCGUCAUUAAUUCUCCAUUUAGAUGGAUUAUUAACUAUAGUAUUGAUCUUAUGUGCCCAUUAUCAUCCUGAUCCCAUUUAGAGUCUCAAUUGUUUCUAGUGGGAGACAUACGGAUUCUCAUUCCUUUCCCUUUUAUGGGCGAGAAGUUCUUUCUUCGUGUCUCCAUGUAUGGAUCAUAAUGGGUAUAAAAAACACAAAUUUUAUUUCUUGCAGAAAAGACAGAAGAUGAAUCCAUCCAUGUAUGAUGAUGACCCUGAAAUUAGUUCUCGAACCAGUGGGAACCUAAGAUGCAGCAAGAGAAUACUUUCUGAGGAAGAAACCACUCUGGCCUCUUGUUCUGAAGGAUUCAUAGAUCCUGAUGACGGCCCAGAGAAGGAUUUGAUGGAAUACGGAUCAAAGGGCACUGAUGACAACCAGCGUCAUUCCAGGCUCCGUGCUUUGUCUCGCAUAGCCGGUAUUCGUUCAGCAAAGGAUCGGAAACACAUCCGUAUUGGCCCUGAAUACCAGGUCCAAAUUCCAGAGUGGAGCAGCCGGGCUUCUUCAAACUCGGACGAUCCCAAUGCCGAGAAAUUCCUGGGCAAACGACUAUGGCCGCCUGGAAGACCAGAGCAGAAGUCAACCCCCGUAAGGGAUCCUCUCGGGCAAGGAGGUCUGGGCACAUGCUGCUGCGCACGCCGUGGCUGCAUGGAGUGCGCCCGGUUUCAUGUAGCAGAGAAGAGAAUCCAUUUGAAGCGUGAGCUGGGCUCGGCUUUCUAUGGCUUGGGCUUCGAUCACAUGGGUGAGGAGGUUUCCCUCGCGUGGACAGCGGAAGAGGAAGAGGAGUUCAUGGCUGUGGCUCGCCUGAGCCCGCCAUCCCCCAAGAUGGACUUCUGGGACCGGCUCUUUCUGUGCUUCGCUUCCAAAACCAGGCAAGUCCUGGUGAGCUAUUACUUCAACGUCUUCAUCCUGCGACGGAGCCGUUACCAGAACAGGCGACCACCGAAGGGGGCAGCAGUGAUGACGACGACGACGGCAGCAGCAGCACGGGGCUUGGCCUGA